AUGAAGCAGUUUUGGCAAACUGAGGAUGUGCCUAAAAUAUUUAAUGAGGCUUCAACUGAAGCAGAGCUUUGUGAAGAUAACUUCAAAGGCUCAAACAUCCUGUGGAGAGAGGAUCCCAACCAGGAGAUCAAAUGCAUUCAGCUGACCACCGUCACCUACGGUCUCAAAAGCUCCAGCUUCCUCGCGACGCGGUGCCUCCCCAAUAAUAAUAACUGCAAAGAGCUUCAUACAGACACUGUGGGCUGCGAAUAUCAGUUGGGAUUCUCCCUUGACAGAUUGAAAGCUGAGGCUUCAAAGCAGAUGAUGGGUUCCUUGCCGUCUGAUAGGGUUACCCAGGCUCUUCCAUUUGAUCGGGUUGGCAUAGACUAUGCCGGACCGUUCAACAUUAAACAAUCCAGGAUAAGACGACCUGUGAUAUCAAAAGGUUAUUUUUGCCUAUUUGUUUGUUUCACAACGAAAGCGGUUCAUUUAGAAGUCGUGUCAGACAUGACAACCGCAUCAUUUCUUGCCUGCUUCAAACGUUUUGUUUCGCGGAGGGGUCUCCCCCAUGACGUUUACUGUGAUAACGCAAGUAAUUUCAAGGGGGCAAGGAACCAAUUAACUGACUUAUAUAGCUUAGUCAACUCUCAGAGCCACCAGGCACAGGUCAAUAAUUAUGCUAUUCAAAACAAUGUUCGCUUUCAUUUUAUACCGAGCUAUUCGCCUGUGUUCGGGGGGCUCUGGGAGGCGGCUGUAAAAAGUACUAAGCAUCACUUAAAACGUACCGUUCAAAACGUUGUACUUACCUAUGAGGAGAUGUGUACUGUUCUCGCGCAGAUAGAGGCGAUAUUAAAUUCCAGACCUCUGGUACCUCUAUCAAGUAAUAGUGACGAUUUUUCAUACCUCACGCCUGGUCAUUUCUUAACUGGCAGGGCGCUCGUUUCGUAUCCUGAACGUGACCUAGCUAAUGUUCCUAUUUCAAGGAUAAGAUUAUGGAAUGUCACUAAUAAAAUAGUCCAAUCAUUCUGGAGCACGUGGAGUAAAUAUUACUUAAAUAAUUUACAAAACCGACCUAAAUGGCGUGACGAGUGCCGGAAUAUAAAAGUUGGCGAUUUAGUUUUGCUGCGUGAUGACGGUACACCUCCCCUCACAUGGCCUAUGGGUCGCAUAACUAAAGUCUUUUCAGGUAAAGACGAUAAAGUAAGAGCGUUUGAAGUGAUGACUUCAAAUAAGCAUAAACAUGUAAGGUCUAUUACAAAAGUUUGUUUAUUUCCUAUAAACGACAAGUGAUAAGUUUCACAUAGUU